ACAUACACCGGACGGGAGUCGAACCCGUGCCGCUUGCUCGGGCAGCUAGAUUGUUCGAUGGAAGGCAAGCAUGAUACCGUUUCACCACCGGUGUGUGUCAGUGGAAUUGACAGAGACCAAUAUAAUCCGACUAAGAUUACAGAGACAACCUUGAACCGUCCAGCGUUGAGCAGUCUCCCCCCCGAUAACUUUGCAGUCACCUAAAGUGGUACAGGAGACCUACCGAGAUGAAUCCAUUGGUGGGCUUUGAUAUUUGAGUUGGAGCAUAAACCGUCUCUCUCUGAAAGUGUGGGCUGCGCUGAUCUCCUUCAUCCUCUCUUUGGCCAUUAUCAUGGUCUUCCGUUCAACAUUCUUCUCCGUCUGUUCUGAUUAUCGCCUUUCGUGCACCCUGUUAGUGCCCAGUAUACUCUCAUGUCUUACUCAUGUACUUGAAAUCACCCUCAUUGCAUCUCGCUGUGUUCAGGCAGAAUCAGCGUGCUUC